CUCUCUCUCUCUACCUUAGAGGUCGAGCGGGAAGAAGGACGAGAGGGUAAAGGAGGGGGCUCUCCGGACCCUCGGCCUAUUCCAAGUCCUGCCUAGGCUGGUCGUCUUCGAUCUCGAUUACACCCUUUGGUCCUUCUACUGUUUCCAGUGAAUGCCGCUCCAAAAGGGAAAUGCCAUCUCUCUACCCACAUGCUGAGGGUAUACUCUAUGCACUCAAGGAUAAAGGAAUCAAUGUGGCGAUUGCUUCUCGAUCACCAACUCCCGACAUAGCUAAAACAUUUCUUCAGAAGUUAGGCAUCCAAUCCAUGUUUGUUGCCCAGGAAAUAUUCUCCAGUUGGACUCACAAGACCGAACAUUUUCAGAGGAUUCAAAGAAGAACUGGCGUACCAUUUAAAUCAAUGCUUUUCUUUGAUGAUGAGCACAGGAAUAUUGAAGCGAUUUCUAAAAUGGGAGUAACGAGCGUCCAUGUGGAAAAUGGAGUAAACCUCGAGAAGCUAAGAUUGGGCCUAAGGAACUUCUCUCACCAGUCUGUCUCACCAAACAUUAAACCAGCUGAUGAGAAGGUGCGGAAGCUCGGGAGUUGAUAGAAGAACGACAAGAAAAGAAGAGAACGAGAAGCACGACUCAACUAGAUCAUGAUUUUGGUAUUCCUUUCCCAAAAUCCUCCUUAUGGUGCAUGUGGUCUUAAUGAUUGGUAUAGGACACCUAUCUUUCGCAACCUCUCAGUGAAGUCAGAGUCAUACGUGGAAAUCCUCCUCAACUUGGUGUAGGAUACCUAUAUUUCUCCACCUAUCAAUGAAGUCAGCCAUAUGUGGAGCACUCAGCACAUGAGGCCUGACAGAAUACUCAACUUGGCGGUAGGACACCCGUCUCUCUCCAACAAUCAAUGAAGUCAGUCAUACGUGGAGGGAAGUCAGCCAUAUGUGGAGCGCUCAGCAGUUGAGGCCUGACAUUUAAGCAAAAGUCACCUGUAGAUAUUUGACUCGUUCGAUGCGCGUUGUUGUUCGACCCAUCCAUGAAGAAGCAUUUUUCAUGUUUUUCCAAUGGACGUUACUGUGACUGGAUGCUGCGUCCUAAUUAUUACUGACGCUGGUGGCGUGGAAUGUCUUCAUGAUGGCGACAUAGUAAAUGAAA